CAUUCACAUAGACUGUAUGUUUUGAUUUUUGAUACUUAUUCUGAUGAAUGCUUCAAAUGCCUUCACCUAGUCUCUUAUGCGACAACCUUUCUUGGUUUCCCUUUAUAAUUAUUCUUUGAAAACGUAGUAACUAGCGCUUAACGAGAUUGCUAAGGUUAGUUACUGCUAUCAUUUCCCCCGUCACAACAUCUUCAUUUGAUUGAUAUUUGAAGGAAUUUGAAAGCAUGAAAGAAAUUGAGAAAAGAAAAGCUUCAAAAAAUAGUCAGACAAAAGGGUUCAAGAAAAACCGAAAGGAGAGAGAGUAAAUUGCAACAAGAUAAUUCUUCAAAAAAAUUGAGUGAAAAAGGAAAUGAAUCUAAGACACUCCAUGAUAGUAGACCAACUGCAAAUAAUACUAUAAGUGAUUCCAACACGGCCUCGGAGAAUUCAGAAACUCAUGAAAAUGUGGUUAUACAUUACCUGGACGAUGUCAACAGGUCUGAGGAGACACUUGCCGAGAUCAAAGUUAAUGAAAUGGUUGCUAGUGAAAACAAAAAUGAAGUGACCGAUGAUCAUUCUACUGAUUUGGAGAAAGAACAAAAGGAAGGGAAUGACGAAGUAUCAGAUGCUGAGUCAGUAUCUUCCCAAGGUCAUGGAACAAUGCAUAGCUAGACUAGACAUUGCUAUGUUCAGUGCUAUUCUUCGGGAGUUGGCCCUUGAGAUCCCAACUGAUCCUAUAUCAGACCCUGUUGUGGAUUCAAAGGUUUUGCCAAUUCCAGCUGGGGAUUUAAGCUUUGGUUCUGGUGCACAGCUAAAAAAUUUUGUUGGCAAUUGGUCUAGAUGGCUUACUGACAUGUUUGGCAUGGAUGUUGAAGAUUGUGUACAAGAAGAUCAGGAGGAGAAGGGUGAGAAUGAUGAAAAGCAGGGUGGGGCCGGUGAACCUAAGUCUUUUGUUCUCCUAAACUACUUGAGUGACCUUCUAAUGCUGCCUAAAGACAUGCUUAUAGAUAGAAAAAUCAGACCGGAGGUGUGUCCUUCCAUCAGUCUGUCAUUGGUUAUACGGGUUCUCUGUAACUUCACUCCUGAUGAGUUCUGUCCAGACUUUGUUCCAGGAACUGUCUUGGAGGCCCUGAACGCAGAGUUGAAGAAAAAGGAACGACUUAAAGUUUUAAGAGACUUACAUGUAAUAAACUGUUAGAAGGACUUGAAGUCUCGAAUAUGGGAAAGUCAUUUGACAUGGAAACUUGUAACUUGAGUAAGUGGUAGUUGUGCAUAAAUAUUUCACUAGUCCGGCUGUUGUUGUGCACUUGUUUUUGGUUUUAAUUUGUUAGUUUUAGUUAUCAGUUCCAACUAUUUGCUAUUGUUUUAAAUUCUAUUCUGACUUUGAAUUAAUUGCAAUUUCAUGACGUUCGUCUGUAACUAUAAGUUACAUGUUCUUAUUGGUGUUUACACUGUUUCUAAUUGCCAUCUUCUACCACUACCUCCUCCCUUAGCUUUUUCCAAGGACAAUGUUGUCUCUUUUAUUUAUAGAAUAAGUAAUAGUUUCAUAAGAAUUUUUUUCGUGAUGAGAAAUAGGUAAAAUGAAAAUAAAUAAGUAAAAUAGAAAACAUCAUUAUAGAAUGAGAAAAAAUGCACGGAAAAAAUCACUGAUGAAAGAGGAAAUGUAUUUAUCUCAAGAACAUAUAGUAGUAGCAUUUUCCAUUCGAUUUUUGUUCUUGAUGGUAUUAAAUAUUAAUAUGAAUUUGUUUCGUUCUCAUCCAACUAUU